CCGGCAGAGCGGCGCGAGGCCAGGAGCCUCCCGGGGCCCUCCCCGCCCCGCGGCCCAACUCCAGCUCGGGCCCGAACAAGUUACUCCGGCGGCGGAGAGUCGGGCUUCGGGGCCACCGGCGCGCCAUGCCCGCGGUCAAGAAGGAGCUCCCGGGCCGCGAGGACCUGGCCCUGGCCCUGGCCACCUUCCACCCGUCCCUGGCCGCGCUGCCGCUGCCGCCGCUGCCCGGCUACCUGGCGCCGCUGCCCGCAGCCGCUGCCCUGCCCCCGACAGCCUCGCUGCCCGCCGCGGCCGCCGGCUACGAGGCGCUGCUGGCGCCACCGCUUCGCGCCCCGCGCGCCUACCUGAGCCUGCACGAGGCUGGCCCGCACCUCCACCUGCCGCGGGACCCACUGGUCCUCGAGCGCUUCUCGGCCGCCGCGACCGUGGCGCCGGAUUUCCAGCCACUGCUGGACAACGGAGAGCCGUGCAUCGAGGUGGAGUGCGGCGCCAACCGCGCGCUGCUCUACGUGCGCAAACUCUGCCAGGGCAGCAAGGGCCCCUCCAUCCGCCACCGCGGCGAGUGGCUCACGCCCAACGAGUUCCAGUUCGUCAGCGGCCGCGAGACGGCCAAGGACUGGAAGCGCAGCAUCCGCCACAAAGGGAAAAGUCUGAAGACGCUGAUGUCCAAGGGUAUCCUGCAGGUGCACCCUCCGAUCUGCGACUGCCCGGGCUGUCGGAUCUCCUCCCCGGUGAACCGGGGGCGGCUGGCGGACAAGAGGACCACCGCCCUGCCCCCCACGCGGGUCCUGAAGAAGGAGCUGACCCCCAGCUUCUCGACCAGCGAUGGCGACAGUGACGGGAGCGGCCCGGCUUGCUGUCGGCAGCCAGCCAUGAAGAAGGAGGACGACGUGCCGGCCCGGGUCAUGAAGAGAAGAAUCCACACCCACUGGGACGUGAACAUCUCCUUCCGAGAGACGUCCUGCAGCCAGGACAGCGACCUCCCCACCCUCAUAUCCAGUGUGCACCGCAGCCGCCACCUCGUUAUGCCGGAGCCCCAGAGCCGCUGCGAAUUCCAGAGAGGCAGCGUGGAGCUCGGCCUGGGGGCCGCAGGGGACCUGCUGGGCAAGAGGCUGGGCCGCGCCUCCUACACCACCAGCGACUGCCCUUCGGAGAAGAAAGCUCGAAGCGAGUCCCCCCCAGAGACUCUGCUGCUCCCGGAACUGGGGUCCGGCAUGGCCCCCGAGGACCACUACCGGCGGCUCGUGUCUGCGCUGAGUGAGGCCAGUACCUGCGAGGACCCCCAGCGCCUGUACCACCUGGGUCUCCCCAGCCACGAUCUCCAGAGGGUCCGACAGGAGGUGGCAGCCACAGCUGUGAGGAGCCCCUGCAGCCUGGAAGUCCAUCUGCCCUCCGCCACAGCUGGUCAGCGUCGGAAGCAAGGCCUGGCUCAGCACCGGGAGGGCGCGGCCCCAGCAGCUGCCCUGUCUUUCCCAGACAGGGAGCUGCCUCACCCGCCCCCGCUGCUUUCGCCCCAGAAUGCCCCGCACAUCGCCCUGGGCCCCCACCCCAGGCCCCCCUUCCUGGGGGUGCCCUCGGCUCUGUGCCAGACCCCAGGCUACGGCUUCCUACCCCCUGCCCAGGCAGAGAUGUUCGCGCGGCAGCAAGAGCUCCUGCGGAAGCAGAACCUGGCCCGGCUGGAGAUGUCGGCUGAGCUGCUGAGGCAGAAGGAGCUGGAGAGGCCGCAGCUGCUGGCGCCCGAGCCCACCCUGCGCCCCCCCGACGGCACCGAGGAGCUGCAGCGGCACCGGGCUAUGCUGGUGCUGAGACACAGCUCCACACCGCUGCUGGCCCUGCCUUCCCAGGGUGCCCCCACCCCACCCCGGGAGGCUGCCCUCCAAGCCCCCCGAAAAGGCCCAGCCUCAGCUCAGCCCAAUGAGUCUAAGGAGACAAUGGCAUCUGGGCUGUGGGCACAAGACAGCCCUGAAGACGAGUCCCCCAAGGACCCAGACAGAGAGAACGCCGAGUCUGCAGCUGUGGGGGGCCAGGACCCCACCCCAGGCCAAGCCCCAGGUGGAGGAAGGGCCAGUCUCUCAGGGUCCCUGCUGCCCCCUCCACUGCCCCUGGGCCUGCCCUACGCAGUCAACCCCUACUUCCACACAGGUGCCCUGGGGGGACUCGAAGCCGCCACCAGCCCCGAGGACGUCAGCAAGUGGACCGUGGAUGACGUGUGCAGCUUUGUGGGAGGCCUGGCUGGCUGUGGAGAGUAUGCAAAGGUCUUCAGAGAACAGGGCAUCGACGGGGAGACCCUGCCCCUGCUGACAGAGGAGCACCUGCUGACCACCAUGGGGCUGAAGCUAGGGCCGGCCCUCAAGAUCCGCGCCCAGGUGAGCAGCUGCCUGGGGAAGUCCUCGCAGCGGGGGGGGGGGGGGGUGGGGACGGGGACGACGGCACCCCUUUCCCACUUGGGCCCAUCUUUGCAGGUGGCCAAGCGCCUGGGCCGCAUCGUCUACACGGCGAGCUUUCCUCUGGCUCUGCCGCUGCAGCCGCCAACCCUCCAGGCCCCCGAGUGUGAGCUCCCCGCGGGAGAGCAGCCCUCGUCCCCCGCAACGGCGGCCUCCCCCUUGGCCUCCCCCAAGCAAGAGAACGGGACGGCAGCCCUGCUCCCGGGGGCCACAGACCCCUGCCAGCCUCUGUGCUGAGCCCACAGGCGGCCCCUGGCCCCUCCCUGGCACCCACCGCUCUGUUGCAAAGGCACCUCCCCCUACAGCCUGUUUUUCCUUCUGGUUUUGGAAGCAAAAAAACACAAGGUUUUAAAAAGAAACAUGUGUCUUAGAAAAGGAAUGCAUUUCCACAGACUCGCGGGUGUGAUCGCAGCCAGUAGCCCAGCACCCUCGAUCCUGGGAUGGGGCCUCUACGUCCCCAGGGCUGCAGACAAGCCAAAGAUGGGGUCACAGGAGGCAGGCCAGCAGGGAGGCUCUCUGGACUGACCCACUUCUGCGAGGUUUGGGGCAUCCUGGGGUCAGAAGGGAAAGGGUGCAGUGCCCACCCCAGGGCCUUCCUUUUCUAACCCUGCUGCUGGGGACAGGGUCCAUGGUACUGGCUCCUACCCCUGAAGGACUGGCAUAGCUUUGGGUACACUUUGUCUUUUAUGUUGUAAAAAUAAAGCUCUGUCCACAUCUACUGUCCUC